AUGGGUCUUGCCCAGUCAGGCGAACCAGGUUAUUCCCGAACCACACGGUACCUGGGUGCAUUCAACGGUAAUUUAUUUCAAGUACCUGCUUUGUCGACCGGAUGGCUUAAAAACAGACCAGGUUUGAACGCUGCGGGUGCGGCCGUCGGAACAAUCACCAAUGCCUUUAUCGCCGACCUCUUGUCUCGCAAAAGAACCAUAUCAAUUGGGGCUAUUCUGCAGAUCAUUGGCGCCGCUCUUUGUGCAGGAGCAGUCAAUGUAUCCAUGUUUAUGGCAGGCCGCUUUAUCAGUGGUUGGGGUAUUGGGAUUCUCAUCUCUGUCAUUCCUAUGUACCAAUCUGAAAUUUCUACUCCUGAAGCAAGGGGAUUUAUGGUAUCGAUCCAUGGUAUCAUGAUCGCUAUCGGUUAUACUCUUUCCGGGUGGAUCGGUUUUGGUGUCUACUUCAUCACAGCUAGUGGCUCGACGUCAACCUUCCCUUGGAGAUUUCCCUUGGCCUUUCAGAUCGCACCAGUGUUGUUGCUUCUAGUAGGCUCUCCCUGGGUUCCUUAUUCUCCUCGAUGGCUCUUGAUGAAGGGACGGAAAGAAGAAGCCUUGGAGGUAAUGAAGAGACUUCAUGCGAAGAAAGGCGAGACUGAAAACACGGAUGCCCUACGGGAGUACCAUCAGCUAGUGAGGCAGGUGGACUUGGACCGGGAGGUGGUGGAUAAACGGUGCUGGUAUGAGGUUGUCCGGACGCCGGCCAACAGAAGGCGAGCACUCAUCGCGUCUCUUUUGAUGUGGGGAGACAUGUUCAUGGGUUCACUUGUUAUUGCUAACUACGGUGUCAUUCUAUUCGGUGAGCUUGGGCUAAGCGGUUAUAUGCCCUUGCUAUGCCUUGGCAUCUACGUUACGAUCACUAUCCCCGGAAACACCAUCACCGCCUUAUAUCUAGACCGACUCGGACGUCGAACAUUUCUCCUAAUUGGUACUGGGGGUAUCGGUCUUUGUCUUGUUCUGGAGACGCUGAUGCAAGGUCUCUACAUGGAUAGCACCAACGAUGCCGGCAAACGCGCGGCCAUCUUUUUUAUUUUCCUCUACAUCUUCUUCUGGAGCACUUGCAUGGACGCAACUCAAUUCGUAUACCUCAGUGAGAUUUUCCCAACACAUCUACGGUCGCAGGGGGUUGCCGUUGGCAUGUUCAGCUACUUUGCGGCCUCAAUUAUUUUGCUUGUCGCCGGUCCUAUUGCGAUGGACAACAUUGGCUGGAGGUUCAUGCUGGUCUUCGCAGUUCCGACCUGUUGCUAUUGCCUAUUUCCGGAAACUGCCGGCCGUUCCUUGGAGGAUAUUAAUGCCGGGUUUGGCGAUCCUGUUGCCGUAAACUACUUUAACGCAACCGCGGAGGAAAUAAAGGAGUUCGAUGCCGUGAUGCACGUGGAAAAUGCCAACGGGGCUUAG